AUGUCCGGUAAAGCUCGCCCUACUCGAUCUGCGACAAGACAGGCGGCGGCAGGGACCGCCAAUACAAAAUCAUCCAAUGCUGUAGCGGAAGGCAAGGAUAGUAUCAGUUUGGUAGGUAUGAGCGGAGACCAAAAGAAAGCUCUUACCUCGAGACUUCGCAAUGUUGCUAGUAAGCAGAGAAAGGAAGCAGCUGCAAAGCAGAGGGCAGACGAGGCUGAAGCGCCUGAUGGACCUCGAUCAUCAAAAACACAGGCCCUGUUGAAAAAAAACUGGUUGGACCCCAACGCAGCGCACAAGGGUCCAUUGAAACGUAAUGCACCUGAUGGUGCUGGCGAGGGAGAUGUUCAAAGUCCCAAAGAGGCUCGCAGUAGAAAGAGAGUGAAAGGAAUUGCUCCAACCGCUGCGUCUGCUACCUUCACCGCCGACAAUGUAGAUGACGGUGCUGUUGCCAACAACGACAGUGACACAGACCUGUACAAUGAUGGUAUAGUCGCGGCCAACGAGUCUCUUGUUCAAGAAGACGUCGUUGCUGCUGCCUUUGCUGAGGAUGAUGCAGGGUCUGAUUUCUCGGAGGAUGAUCCUGAUGAGCCCGUGGACGACGAGGACGAGGCCAUGGAAGCCGAUGAAGAUUUUGGUUUGGAAAGCGAGGCGGAUGAGCAGCUCUCCACUCGUCAACAGACCAAUAUUGUGGCCAAGAUGGCCCAGGGGAUUCCUCGCUUCGUUUCUCAAGGCGGUCACGCCGCCAAUUCCCCCUCGACGCUGCCCCGUGGCCGUCACGGUCGUCUUGUCCUGGACUUGAGCAAGGACUGUGAUGACAACGAAGGUCAUAACAGAGUUGCACAAGGUGGUACCGGUGUUGGCCAGGUUGCGGCGGCAAAGGAGACUGUAAGGUCUGAUGCAUCGGGCGAACCAAUUGGUGGUGGGAAGGUGCGCAAGCAGAAGAGUGACGGUUGCAAGCGUGUAACGACUACCAAUACGGCCUCCCAGGCCGCUGUCGUGAACUCUGUUGUGACUGCCUCCACCGCUCGUUCUUCAGCGGAGAAUGGUCACGACGAUGCCAAUGGUUCUGUGACGGUAGCAUCAAGUGUGACACCGGCAGCCACGACCCUCACCAAUACCGCCAGUACGAGAACGGCAACUGUAGCGGUCGAUACGAGUGUGAACGCGUCUACGAAUCAGUCGGUAACUCCUGUCGCUGCACCCACCUCUGCCCUGAACAACUCUUCCAAUGUUGGUCCUAUCAUGGCGGCUGUGAGCACCACUGUGAACGUUACUGCUCCUCAGGCAGCAACGAGCACCCCGGUGGCGGCACCUGCCGCCACGACCGUGGGUCUGACUCCCACCAACCUAACCCAACCCGCCGUUGCCGUUGCCUUGACCCCGACUCCCAGUGACCCCAACUACUGGGUCCUCGUCACGCGUACCCACACUCCUAACAAGUUGGCGCAGCUCACGCAGCAGACGACUGAGGUAAGGAAGGCAGCGCACGUCGCUUCUAACGAUAUCUUGCCAGCCCUCAUGUUCCGCGAAGGGCCGUUCCCCAAUGGCGCCACGGAAACAGAGGCAAUCUGUGUAAAGGCUAUCGUCAAGGCUGCUCACAAGCAUGGCUACACCGAGAUUGUGUCUCACAUGGAGACCGAUGAUGCAUACGCUAAGUUGUUCAUUCCUAUCCCACGCCAGCGCCUCAGUAACAUCCGUAGUGAUGCAAUCCAGGCCACUCGCCCAGUCACAAAGACCGCGAUCGACUUCUCCAAGUUCAUUGGUCCCGAAAAAGUCUGCCUUGCGAUGAAGGCUUUUCUCCUCAACGAUGGGUACAUAUUCCCGGGAGACCUCGAUAUCACGACGAUGAAAUACAAGUUUGAUAACACGCAGCCCUUCUGCUCGACCAUCGUCACUUCCAACACUAACGCUCUGUACUUCUCUGCGGACCCAAUCUUCAGGUAUGAAGAAGACGACUUCAAAUCGUCGGAUCCCGAGUAUCCCGACGAACGCGAGAUGCCCAUGGUCGCUGUUGCUUUUGCAGCAACCUGCGCUGCGGCAGGGCUCAUGGACUACCAGACCGGUUUCCACCAACCUUUACAGUUCCAAGCUUCGUUGUUCAAGCCUAUUUUCAACAACCAUAUGGCGACGUUAAAGCAAAUCAAGAAUGGCGGUGUAGCCAGCUAUCACAUUAUCAUGUCCACAAUCUACGAUGUGGCAAGUGGAACGUCGACCUUAUCGGCUGCCAUGCGUGCAGGGCAGGGCGAGGUGAACACGGCAGUCAAUUUUGCCGCUGUGGGUUCGACAUUACGCCGUGCUAGCCGCAGAUAA